CGCGAGACUAGGGCCUGGCGGGCCUUUCGAGCCGCCGGCGCCGCUGACGGGUGCGGCCCCGCCACUGGGCGCGCGCCUCGGGUCCGCCACCCCCGCCUGGGCGGGGCCGCGCCUCCUCAGCCUUCCCGCCGUUUUCUGUGUCUCCUGCUCUGUGCAGUCGCUGAGAGGAAGCUUUAAAAUGGAGGUUUAGAAGACAAGUUUCUGCUUGCUGCUGGACUAAAACAAAAAAAACCUUUAUAAGCAAGAUCUUGAAGUGCAGUGUAACAUCAAUGAGGUUUUGUUUUUAGAACAAACUGAAAGUUCGUCUCACUUUGGAAGAGUUAAAAUGGUUGGAUGGGGUUUUUUAUGUGAGGAAAACUAUAUAAGUAAAUCACUUUUGCAGGUCAAUGAAUUACUCAAUAUUUACACCUGUUGCUUUUAAAUUAGUUAAUUGAAUUUACUUUAACUUUAAAAAAUAUGAUAGUAUUCUGUUAGUGAAUUUAUGUGAAUUAAGGAAAAACGUAAGCCUUUGCAAAGAUCAGGGAUUUAAUUGAUAUAAAAAUGUGUCCUGAUUUGAUGAACACCUUACAUUAAGACAUCCCUGAAAUAAAAAUUGGUUUCUAGCCUUCAAAUAGCUGCUCUAAUCCAGAAUAACAUUCAGUUUUCUGGUGUGAUCUGACGCUUCCUUUUUCCUGUGCAGACUAAUUUUAUUAAAAUACUGAAUAUUCAUUUAAAAUGACAAAAAAAAUACAACUGGAAUAAUACCCCAAAUUUUUUUGUGUAUUUGGAUCUUUUCUGCUUACAAAAAAUAUUUUAAUCAUGAGCUGUGGAAAUGAUUUUGUGGAAACUCUUAAGCAAAUUGGAUAUCCAAAAGCUGAUGAGCUUAAUGGAGAAGAUUUUGACUGGCUGUUUGAGUCUUCAGAAGACAAAUCAUUUCUGGAGUGGUUUUGUGGAAAUGUAAGUAAGCAGCAUGUGGUAUCUGAAAAAGAACUGCAAGAUUUUGGUAGUCUUGUUGAUUCUGGUAAGCCCGUUUUGGAAGGAAAUGCACUGGAUGAAGUCCUUAAAACCUUGAAGCCUGUGGAUUCAAAGAACAGAGAGGAGGAAGAAGAGGAGGAACUGAAGAAAUUAGAGGAUGAGCUUAAAACUCUUCAGAAGUUAAAAAACCUUCAAAUUCAUCGACAUAAUAAGCUUCAGAUGAUGGUUGCUGCGAACGGCCAUGUAUUGCAAACAUUAAAAAGUAAAGAGGAAGAAGCACAUAAAGAUUUCAAAGAAGGGUUGGAAGUGUUUACUGUGGCAAAUAAUAGGCUUAAUAAUGAACUGCUGUCUCUUACGGAUGCAGCUAAGGAACUGGCCUCUCUCUUCACUGCUUCAGAUUCAGACCAAGGCUCAGGUCAGCAUCCAGUGUUUUUUUCCCAACUUUCUUUGGACAAAUAUUUGUCUCAGGAAGAACAAAGCACUGCAGCACUUACCUCAUACAUAAAACCCCAUUUUUAUCAAGGUAUGUCUGAAGGGGUUGAAAAGUCACGUGAAGACAGCUUUCAGUUUGUGGAUAUAGGCAAUCAAGUCACUUGUGAUGAGACUAAUGAAGUCUGUGAGGAGAGUCAAGAGCUGGCCAGGCUCCAGACAGCGUAUAUUUGUGCUCAACAUCAGCUAAUUCAAAUGCAAGCUGAAGAGGAGGGCAUGAAUUCAGCUAUAAAAUGUGCAGAGAGCAUGCUACAGUUGUUAAGGAACGAGGACAUUGGAAAACAAGAAAACCUCAGUGCCAAAAUAUCUAGUUUAAAUGAUGAAACUUCAGCAAUUGAACAAGAAAUAACUCAGAUAAGCAAUGAAGAGCUGCUUCCCCUUCUAAAAGUGAAUGCACAGCUUUUGAGUGCGCCAGUGGUGAAAGGAUACUUGGAUCAUCAGAUUGCUCAGCUGGACUAUUAUGCUUCAAGACAAGAUGAAGUAUGCAGGCAUUUGAUAAGACAGAAAGCAUCGUUUGAACUUAUUGAGCUAGCGUAUGAAAUGGAGUUGAAGAAACAUAAGGAGGUCUGCUGUCAACUUGAGAAUUUGGUAGCAUCUCUGAAACAGAGCAGCAAUGAGUUGCAACAGAGGCUACAAGCAAUGACUGAGCAAACUGAACAUGCAAAGCCAAGAAACGCUAUUAGUUCAGAGGAUGGUUUCUCUUGCAGGCUGUAUCAGCUUCUGGAAGGAGAAAAUGAAAACCAACAGUUGUUUAAAACAUACAAAAACCUGGAGCAGAUGGCUCAGAAGUUAAAGCAGGACUGUGCUACAGUACAAGAUCAGCUAGCAGCAUCUUCUCAAGAACAGUCUCUCCUUUCUUCCAAGCUAAAAAGUGAUGUAGAUACCCUUUAUGAUGCUCUGUAUCGUGGAGGAAAUCAUAUACAACUCCGUAGUCAGGAACUUACUGAGCUGUUUCGUCAAUUGAAAGCUGACUUAAAUAAACUAAAUCAACUCCUUAUGGAUCUGAUUGCUGAUGUGAAGUCAAAGAGAAACUUUUUACAGUCCAAUAAGCUGCAUCAGAUGGAAAGAAACUUGUAUGUGCAUUUUUUCAAAGAUGAAGACCACUUGAAAGAGAUGGUGGAGAAGCUUGAGCAGCUGUCUGAGGCUACAGCCAGUGGUCUGGAACAUAAGAAUUUCACCACCAGUGAAGUUCUUAAUGUUUAAACUUAAUUGUACUCUUGAAGGAAAACACAUUACUGUAAACUGUCUACAAGUUUACGGAAUAAGUGUUAGCUUAUCAAGGCUAACAUUUAUCUAUCAUUGCAAUGUAUGUUUAGCUGCCACAGUUACUGAGUUUGGAUUGUAUGCUGCUUCAUGGCAUUUGCCACCUGCCCACUGAGUUAAAAUCUCAGUUUUGUCAAAG